AUGUCACUCAACGACACAACCUCACCCGCCGGAUACAUCGACCUCUUAUCUCAAAUUAAUCCACAGUCAUUAACAGGCUUUGAUCCGAAUAUUGGAUCCAGCCAGGCCCAGAUGUUUCAUUUGCGGGACCCAAUGGCUAGUAGCCCUCUGCUAUUUCAAGAUAGCCUUCAUUCUCUUCUCGAAAACGAUCGGCUGGCAUGCAAAGACUCUGACACGAGUUUAGUUGCCCAACUCAAAUGGCAACUCACAGAAUCACAGCACACUGUCGCCAGUCUGCAGGCUGAUAGACUCAGGCUGAUCAACGAAAAUGCUGGCCUCAAUUCCACUUGCCAAGCUUUACAGAAUGUUAUUGUCAAUAUCCGUGGUUCCGCGAGCUCUGUAGCAUCGACAUCAUCAUCUCUAUCCGCAUGUGACACCUCGAACAUCAUUUCCGACGAUCAAAAACCUUUGUUAGUGGGCGAGAUAGUCGCUGAAGAAUGCGAUCAAGAACUUGAUCGGAAGGACUAUCCGUCAAUUCGAUCGUGGACGAAGAAGGAAUGGCAGGUACAAUAUCCGAAAAGCACAUCCGCUGAACCCGAAAGUUCUAGAUGCACAUCUCGAGGAUCUGGGUGCAUGGCGCAAGGCAUCAAUGUGUCGUGUACUUACUUGCAGGACGAGAAAGGCGAGCCUGUUUCGGCUGAUCGUGCGAAGAGCAUCCGCAAUCAUAUGCUCUCAAGCUUCCAGCAACUUCAAUCCCAAGGCCUCGCACCGGUGUCUAUUGGCCAAGCCUCGUUGCAAGUCUUACGGUGGCUUAUUCAUACUCUGCGCAAAGAGUAUAUCGAAUUUCGUUUGUGUGCCGACAACUGGAAGGCAAUGAAGCUGAUGACCGACAAUUACUCUCAAUGGUCGACCUACCAUGUCAAGGGCAAGAAAGCCAGCAAGCGCGUUAAGGCCGAGCCUGGUGACGAACUCGAAGUGGAACAUACGAAGAAGCGAGCACGGAUCAAUUCAGAUAUAAUCUCCGAGCCUGUCACCGAGCCUUCUACUAGUACCAAUGAAGCGAUACCUGACACACUGCGACACCCCUCCCUCGACCGUGAACCAACACCACCACCCAGCACCAAUAAAGGCAAAGGCAAAGAGGUGCCUAUUGUAGAGAUCAAAAACCCUCUUUCUAAUCUUCUUAUGAAACCUCAGCCCAGACCCGUUCCACCCAAACUUCCUCCGACUUCUAUCGAUUCCUCAACUUCUAUCGUCUCCUCGAGUUCUGAAUCCAACCCGGCUGUAGUCCUGCCCUCACACAUCAUCACACCAGUAUCCAUGACCGACAUCUCAUCGAGCUCAAAUUCGACUUCACUUGCCGAUCUGGCUUCACUCGCUGUGAAAAUGGAACUUGUCAAUGCUAACACGAUCGACUCGAAGGCUGAUGCCAUCAAGAAGCGACAGCCGAGUACCAAGCCGAUGCGUGUGAGCCCCAAGAUCAUGGCGCGGAAUCUUUGCGCCCUCGAGUGGCAGUCAAACGGCCAUCAAAAGGAACCAGCCAGUGUCUUCGCUACUUACUGGAAUAGGUUGUCUACAGCUGACAAAGAGUUAUACAAGUGCAAAGCAGCUGUUCAGCUGUCUGCCCCAGGACUGGCUCAAGCAGACGACAACCAGGAUGAAUAG